AAACAUUCGGGCGUUAUCGUUCGUCCCUCACCCGCAGAGGUUGUUCUCGGUAUUUUUCCAAUGGUUUUCAGAACACCACCUCGCUGUGCUUGUGCUUGUGCUGCAACGGCGGCGUUUUCAUCGUCAUCGUCUUCGACAGCUGCUCCAAAAGGUAAACUCUCAUCCUUGUUCACAAAUCCUGCAAGACCCACUUCUUCUUCAAAUCCUGAAACUUUGCCUGAAACCGUAAAUCCAAAUGUACAACCAAUAACUGCCCAGCUUAAGAAUUUCCUCCAAACAAACUGUAAAACGGGUAAUUUUACUCUUACUGAAGCUUUGCAUUACUUCGAUAAAAUGAUUCAAAUGCAGCCCAGUCCUCCAAUGUCAAAAUUCAAUGUCUUAUUAGGUGCACUUGCUAAGAGUAAGCAUUACGAUGAUGUUAUUUCACUUCAUAAUAGAAUGAAUUUGGCUGGGUUGUUGCCUGAUUUCAUCACGCUGAAUAUUUUGCUUAAUUGCCUUUGCAAUGUGAAUCGGGUCGGUGAUGGUUUUGCGGUUGUAGGAAAUAUUAUGAGGAAGGGUUUUAGACCAAAUUGUUGGACUUAUACAUCCUUGAUUAAGGGUUUAUGUAAGGAAAAUAGAAUUGGGGAGGCGACCAGCUUGUUUAAGAAAAUGGUAAAGAUAGGUUGUCAGCCUAAUGUUGUUUCUUGUUCUGUCUUGCUUAAUGGGUUGUGUCGAACCGGAAAUACGGCUCUUGCACUCAAGUUGCAUGAAGAAAUAACAAAGGGGAGGGGUGGAUUUGGCAUUAAUUGUAAUCCGAAUGCGGUUUGGUAUGGGAUUAUUAUUGAUGGGCUUUGUAAAGAUGGAUUGGUAGAUAAGGCUAAAGAGCUUUUCUCAGAGAUGAAAUGUGCGGGAAUUCCUCCUGAUGUGGUUGUUUAUAGCUCUCUAAUCCAUGGUUUGUGCUAUGAUGAAAAAUGGGAAGAGGCUAAAGGUUUGUUCAAUGAGAUGGUAGGUCAAGGGGUCCGGCCUAGUGUGGUAACAUUCAAUUUAUGGAUAGAUGCGCUUUGCAAGAAUGGAAAGGUGAAAGAAGCUAAUGAUUUGUUGAAACUGAUGAUUCAGAGAGGUGAGAAUCCCGACUCAUUUACCUACAACAGUUUGAUGGGUGGCUACUGCAUGGUAGGUAGGCUUGAUGAAGCAAAAAAGCUAUUUCUUUCUAUGCCAAGUAAAGGGUGUGACCGUAAUUCUCACAGCUUUGGUGUAUUGAUCAAUGGGUAUUGCAAGAAGUGGAAGAUGACGGAAGCUUUCGAUCUAUUUAGUGAGAUGAUUCACAAGGGAGUAAAGCCAGCAGUAAUUACAUAUAAUGCCUUAUUAACUGGUCUUCUCCAGGCAGGUAAGGUUGAGGAUGCAAAGAGGAUGCUCAAUCAGAUGAAACUUCAAGACCUGUCACCUAAUUCAACAACAUAUUCGAUAUUUUUGGAUGGGCUUUGCAAGAAUAAUUGUGUUCCAGAGGCUUUGGAAUUGUUUCGUCAUUUAGAAAACUGUAAGUUUGGACUCACUAUUGAAAACUUCAACUGCCUCAUUAAUGGUUUGUGUAAAUCUGCAAAGCUUGAAAAUGCUUUGGAGCUGUUUCACAGAUUGCCACAUAUGGGCCUUGUGCCUAGCGUAGCAACUUAUACCAUUAUGAUCUCCGGGCUCUGUAAAGAAGGAAAAUUAAAAGAAGCAAAUGAUUUAUUUCUAGAAAUGGAAGGAAAGGGUUGUGCCCCAAAUAUAGUUACAUAUAAUACACUUAUGCGUGGUUUCUGUCAAAAUGGUGAGUUGUCAAAAGUGGUUGAACUUCUUCACGAAGUGGUGGGGCUAGAUAUGUUACCAGAUGCUUCUACAUUCUCCAUUGUAAUAGACUUACUCUCGAAGGAUGAAAAAUAUCGUGAAUGUUUAAACUUACUUCCAACUUUUCCUGCCCAAAAACCAGUUGGAAAGAUGACAUGAUUGUUUUUGAAGUUGCUAGCCUGUAAUUUCAUCAAAACUUCUUCAAUUGGUCUACACUUUGCUUGAAGUUAUUUAUUCAACCGGACCAUGGAAUCUGAAGGCAACUAGAAAAUGCAAAUGGUUUGCCUUUAAAAAAUUGGGGGGAAAGGGAUGUGCUCCAGACAUAUAAUAGGCUUAUCUGUGGUUACUGUGAAAAUAGUGUCAUCAUUAAUGGUUGAACUUCUUCGAAAGAUGGUGGAGAUAGGUAUGUUACCAGAUGCCACCAUAUUCCUCCACUUUCAAAGACAUGCUAGAAUGAAGAAUGUUGUUAAGGCAAACCACCUAUCAACUUCCCCUGCCAGGAAGGUGACAUGAGUAACUGUAAGUUGCUACUUGUUAGCAUGAGCUUUCAGCAAAACUUCUUCACUUUGAAAUGCUUUGGAAAUUGGAAUUCGGAUGAAGGUUAUCUUUUCAAUCAGAUUGGAGGGUAAAAUUUUAUUUAUCCUUCUGAUCAUAAAGCUUCAUACCAAUUGCCUUGUGUACGAUUAGAGCAAAGGAGAAGACAUCAAUACUUUUACCAUAUGAUUCACGACGAUAUACCUCCUGUGCCAUGUAUCGAUCUAGCACGGAAAAGAAGAAUUGAAGAAAAUGUUAGAGCUAAAACCAAAUUUCUUUAGAUUAGAAUAAAAUGGAGUCAGAAAAUCUGAUAGGAACCAGUUCUUCCAGUCAUUUUAUAACCUAAAACAUUUUUCCUGUGCAAUUUUGCUCAAUCCAAAAUCAGUAACCUUGAGUCGGCCAGCUGCAUCUUGUAACACAUUUCUGAAACUCCCACAUCAAAGCUGAACAUCAUGAAAAUUGACUUCCAAAAAUUUCCAUAAAGUUUAUGUAUAAGAGUCCAAUAAGGUGCAUUUACCUUGGUGUCAAAUCUCUGUGAAUUAUAGAACGUGGUUUAUGCUGAUGGAGAUAAUUCAUGCCUCUGCAACAAUAUUUCAGUACACAUAAACUCAGCAGCAAGUGAGGAACCAUUAUGAGCAUGUAUUUGACAGGCGAUGUGAAGCAUGGAUAGCGGACUCGGUUGCAAGAUGAUGAGAAUGCCGACAGAUCGAAGAUUGAGACAUAGGAUUGGUUGAAGAAGGAAUUAAAGGAUCAGUUUCCACCUUGCAUUAUGGCUUGGGUUGCUAAGGAUACAUUGAAGAAAUUGAAAUACAUUGCCAGCAUUUUCAACUAUGUGAAGGAGUUUAGUUCGUUGCUAUUGGACAUCAAGAACAUGUGGAUGACAAAUUGUUUAAUUUCAUGUCCGGUUUAUGAGGGUGGGCACAAGUUGAAUUGAGAAGGUAAAGGGUGUAGACAUUACUCGAUUCCGUUAUUGUUUGAUGGACUGUCAGAAUCAAAUACUCGGCACCAUUAGCAUCUUUUGGCAUCUUUUGGGGACUAGAAAAAUGGUGGUUAUGGGAAAAAAUACAAGGGAGGUAAGAAAAAGAGCAGUAAGAAAGGAAGAUUAAUGAGUUUUCCCAGCCUAAAUCGGAUCAAUCUAGCAGGAAAUCGAAGAAGAAUAGUGGAUGCUUCAUUUGGAAUGCACCCCAUAGGGCUUGUGACUGUCUUAAGAAGGAGAAUAUCCAUGCAAUGAUUGCUGAUGAUUUGAACAUGAAUAAUGGUGAUUGCUGUAAUAUUUUAAAACAUGCACCUUUUAUCUGUCAUAAAAUUUUUGCAAGGUGAAUAACUUCCCUCCUAGAAGCAUUUACUUUCUUGUUCCAAAAUAGGAAGGAGAAGUUAAAAAAAGUCCUUCAAUGUGCUGAAAAAAUCGCACUGAUUAGAGGUCCAUCCAAGCGGUGGCACCAUCAGAUGGAAAUUUGCUAAAUGGUUUAAAACUUGGGCUUGAAGGGGACCAUCAGUGCCUUAAUGCUGGUCUUGCUAUUGCCAGAUGCUAAACUUGGCUUCAAAAAACUGGUCAUACUCAAGUGAACCUACCUUGGACACUAGUCCUUUGAUGGAGCAGUUCAUAAAAGGGCCAUCAACAGCCAGUUUGCAAGGACAGGCUCAGAUUGUUCCGAAUCCAUAUAUUGGCACUGAAAGCGCUGGAGAUCUUUUAUCCUACUUUGUUGGAGUCCACAAGUCCAUAAAGCAUGGAAAAUGGUUUUCUCUUGCCAGUAAGGAAGACAGCUAGCAACAGAUACUGAAUUAUCAGCCACAGGAUAGUUCUCAAUCCUCUCAUGAAUGGGUGAAGGCACCUUGAUAGAAAUGCUGAGAAGAAUUCCACACAGGUAGAGCACAAUACACUUUGUCCAUAUACAAUCGUGCAAUGUGUGGUUACAUCUGAUCUACAGUAGGAAUGUCUCCCCUAUCAUGUGCAACUUUGUCCUUUGUUUUUCAUUUUAUAUGUUGGACAUGAUGAGUCAAGUAUGGUCCUUGAAAAAUGAUUCGGCUGGAGGCUGUUUAUGUCAGGAGUUUCAGUUAUAUAUGCCAAGUUAUUCAUUUAUUUAUUUA